AUGUCAAAAGAGUCUCAGCUCCCUGGCUUGCCUGGCUUCGAUAAACACAACAUCCAGCCAUGGACCGUCGAAGUCGUUGUCUCAAUGACAGUCUUGGCCAUGGUAUCAUGUGCUCUACGAUUGUAUAGUCGACACCUCAAGGCCCAGAAGCUCUGGUGGGAUGACUAUUUGAUUCUCUUUUCAAUGUGUUGGAACUUGAUCGUAGUAGGCUUCAUCUUCGCCAUGCACUCCAACGGUAUGGGUCUCCACGCCGACAAAGUCCCGUUAACUCAGAUCGUCAUGAUGGCGAAGUGGCUCGUAGUGGCAGAGGUUCUCUACGCUUGGAACCUAGGCUGGACGAAACUGAGUCUUCUGCUCAUGUACUACCGCAUUUUCCGCGUUCCUUACUUCAAGAAGAUGGCCUGGAUCGUUGGGUCUUUCGUCUUCGCCUGGGUCAUCACCAUCACGUUCCUUUUUAUCUUCAUCUGCAUCCCCGUCGCAAAAUUAUGGUAUCCUGAUCUUCCUGGACGAUGCAUCAACCAAGUCGGCACCUGGAUCGCCAAUGCCGCCUCGACCAUUUUCACCGAUAUCGUCAUGUUGUGUCUACCGCUUCCCCCUAUCUGGAAGCUACAACUCGGAAAGUCUGAGAAACUCGGUCUAACUGCCGCCUUCGCGAUUGGGUCCUUCGUUGUCUUUGCCUCAGCUUAUCGAACAAGCGUGCUCUUCACCUACACCAGCACCGACCCGAGCUACACCCUCGCUCCGACAGUAGGAUGGACCGAGAUCGAAAUGUCCGCUGGAAUCGUCUCGGCAAACCUCCCAACCAUGCUCCCCGUCCUCCGCAUAUUAGCCAGAUUCACCGGCCUGAGCAGCCUAGCAUCCACCGUCCGCAGCAACGUGCGCCCAACAUACGGUUCCAAAGGAGACAAGACAAUGUCAGCCAAAGGACUCAAGUCCCAGGAUGGCACCAGAACCGGCAGAAGUUCCAACUCGGGGUCUACUUCAUCAAAUCAGUUUUACAGACUUCCCGACGAAACCGACUCAUCGGGUCUUAUCAAGGGAACGAACUAUACAGAGACGGCGGUUCCGCUAUCAGCGAAGCUGCGACCCGACACCGAUGGGUUUGAACUUACGACAACGACAUAUAAUGCGAAAGGAGGCGGGGGAAACGCGAGUAGCGACGAGAUCUUGGGAAUAAGGGUGCAUAAGGAGUUCCAUCACACAAGUUCACGGAAAUUAUAA